AUGGUUCGUGCUCAAACUAAAGAGAUUAAAAUUAUGCUCUACAACAAGGACGGCGAUCUGGGAUUCACGGUAGACGAGAAGCUCAGCGUAAAAGAUGUAACCAAAGAUUCGGUAGCGAUGGGAAAAGUAAAACUGGGAGAUCGGAUUUUGAAAAUUGAAGACGACUUUAUUUCUUCGCCCGAUCAGUUCAACAAACUAGUCAAGGAAAAAGCUGGUAAUACUGUCAAGGUUACGGUAAGUGUUAUGAGAAGGUAUUGAAAAAAUGGAAUCGGCCCGUUUCCUCUGUCCCCUUGGGGAGACGGUUACGACAAAGAAGUAAAAAAUUUUAUAUUUAACCCCGAAGAAGUAUAUUUUACUAUAAAGUCUGAAGAUUUAAAAAAUAUAUUUUACAGCUCCUUUACAACAAAGAGUUGACAAAAACCCUGAAGGAUCAACAGAAUCCAACGCCCGGAUUCGAUAAUCAUGACAUCAAUUUGGUAUGGAAUCAAAAUUCUAGGCAAAAACUUGGUCUCACUGUCAAAAAUGACAUUGAUAAUAGUGUUAUCAUAAGCAAAGUUGAUCCCGAAUCCAUAGCCGCGCUUCAUUUACAAGAAGGAGAUCGUGUUCUUCAAGUAGAUGGAUGGCCUGUAACUGACAAGGAGCUAUGCAAGUAAGAGGCCUUUUGUACACUUACUGAUUAAAAUUUUGUUUAGAAUAAUAGUAAAGAUUUUUAAAUAAAUCAAUAGAAUAAAGGGAAAUGAUUUGUUAAAAUUCCCUAAAUUUCCCGUUUUUAUUACCUAAAAAAUUCAUUUUAGGCGACUGAUGAUUUUUGGAUUUCGUACGAACAACAAAAUUCAAUUGAAAGUUGAAAGAGCGGCAAAUGAAAUGACCAAAACUGAAGUGACAAAAUGUUUGAGUGCCGUGACGGAUCAAGACCCAUCAGUACUAAUGCAAAGCGACGUACUUGACAUUAUGAAAAAGCAACAGGAGAAAAUGAAGGAGAAUCUACAAGCAUCCAAAAAGAUUUUGAAAAGUAAGAAUAUUUGUAAUGGCUGAAAACAGAUUUCAAAAAAUUUUAAACUUUUCUUUGUUUGAAAAAAGUAUAGGUGUCGAGUAUUCCGAUUAAAUAUUCGGUGAUAAGAACCAGAAACGUCGUUUGGGGGGGGGGGAUAAUUUAGUUACCUACAAUUUGAAAAAUAUUAGCGUUCAGACCUUUUAGGAAAACCCGUAAAAGUAAAAUGUGUUAUAGUACACAAACAUCUCGAGAAAUCCAGAAAUUAUUGUCAACCAUUGCAGGCUAAAUUACCCCGCAAAGAAAUAUCUUUCACAAAGUUUAUGUUAUCAAUCGCAGAAUUCCUCCCUAAUCUGCCCACUACCUCAUGCAGACUGCAACAACAAAACCGCCAAAACGUCAAUUUUGAAUUCUCAGUGCACUGUGCGAAAUAAAUUUCCAUCACUGAAAAAGCCCUUUUCGAAGAUCGAAGGAUCUUCGACAAAUUUGGAGAGCUCAAAAUCUCACAAAAAUAUAUUUUUCGAAACAAAUUCCAAGUUAUUGGCCACAAACUGCCACCAGACCUCCGCAGCUUGCAAAACCAGUAAAACCGCGAAAAAGCCUCUUUCAAACGACCCCUGCACCGUGCGAAACAAAUUCCUCGUCUCCACACACCGCCUUUUCGAGAUCGAAGGAUUUUUGACAAAUUUGGGGACCUCAAAUCUCAAAACAAAAAAUUCUUCAAAAAUCCAAAGUUAUUAAUCCCAAUAUGCCACCAGGACUCCGCAACCUGCAAACUAGAAACCCGCGCUUUUCGAAUUCCAUUCGAUUUGGAGAUCCCAAAUUUGGUCUCAAAACCUGUUUUUCAGACCUGUUCAAUUUUGCCGAUUUUGGAGGAAAAUUGGAAAAGCGAAUUUUCAAGGUCUGUGCCAACCGGCUGCACUGUGGAACAGGAGGGAAGACGCGAUUUGAAGAGACAGAGCACAGAAAAAGAGGAAUCGCAAAAAGUGUUUACUACCCAAUGGAAAACGAGAGAGAUGGGUCUGCGACAAACAAGAGAGCACUGCGAUUGAGAAAGAGGUCAGAAAAGGUUAGAAAAAACCAAAAAUGGCCCGAUUUUUGA